UGAGGAAGUUGUGAAGGUGCUCCGCCAGCGAAACGUCCGCGCAGUCUAGAAUCCGUCAUCCGAUCGGAAGGUGCUAUAGCCGCUCGUCAGGAAUCAAGAACUUGGAACACCGAUCAUUAGGAAAUCCACAAUGAAGUUGGCCACUUUCUUCGAGGCUUCGUUCUUGGUGAUCUGCUGGUCGCAAGCUGUCAGCAGCCAUGUCUUCGGCUACUCUGAGCCCAACCAGCGCCGCUGGGCCCGCCACCAUGGUCACUGUGCGGGGAAGACCCAAUCCCCCAUCGCCAUCACCACCAGCCGGACGAUACCCGUACAUAUGCCGGCGGUGGACAUGAUUGGCUAUCACAACCUCCUGCCCUAUCCGCUUAAAAUGGUUAACAACGGACACACGGUUUCCAUUACCAUACCCAAGGUCAACGUGACUGAGGUGGGCGAGGAUUUUCUGCCCUACGUCCGGGGCGCCAAGUUGCCCGGCGAGUUUGAAUUGGAGGGCCUGCACUUCCACUGGGGCGACAAGAACAACCGGGGAUCCGAGCACGUCAUUAACGACAUCCGCUACACCAUGGAGAUGCACAUUGUUCACCGCAACAAGAAGUACACCACCAUUGGCGAGGCUCUAAAUCAUCCGGACGGUGUCGCUGUCCUGGGAUUCUUCUUCAAUCUCGACGAGGAUGAGGGUCAGGGCCUGGUGACUAUUAAUCGGCAUUUGCAUCUGAUUGCCGAUGCCAACGAGGAGGCCACGCUGAACGUCACCUUCUCGCUCUCCUCGCUGAUUGCUGGCGUGGAUGUGGACAAGUUUUACACCUACAAGGGUUCCCUAACCACGCCACCAUGUUCGGAGGCCGUCACCUGGAUCCUGUUCCCCGAUCCCAUCCCGAUUUCGCCCAAGCAAAUAUCCCGCUUCCGCCAGUUGUCCGAUACGCAAGAUGGAGCGUUGGUGGACAAUUUCAGGACCCUGCAGCCCGUGGGCAAUCGCAGGAUCUUUGCCCGAACCGGUCACGUGCGUCACACCUCGAUUGCGGCUCUAAAGCACGACGGCGACUAUCUCAAGUACGACUGGUUCUACUGAUCUAUUGACUCAAACUGGCAGCCGGAUGUGGAGCACUGUGCCAUCCCAUAUUAGGAUACCUCUAAAUUAAGCAUUUAUUAAGUUAAACUAACAUUUAGUCUAACCAUACACACAAAAAAACGUUCUACAAUCAAGACAAUUAAAUUCUUCAAAUGUCAGCAACGGAGUGUUGUGCUUGAAUUAGAUCAAAAUAAAAUACUUACAAAAUAUAAUACAAUUAA